UUGGAUGGUUUCUCACUAAAUGGAAGUUAUAUAGAAGGCCUCUAAGACCACCACAUCUCUCCAUCCCACUCCUGCUGCACAGAGACUGCACUCUUGGCCUUGGACAUUGAUAAAAUGCUGGAUUCAGUCAAGUGUGUUCUGGUGGGAGACUCUGCUGUUGGGAAAACAUCUCUCUUGGUACGUUUCACCUCUGAGACUUUUCCAGAUGACUACAGACCCACCGUCUAUGAAAAUACCGGAGUGGAUGUCUUCAUGGAUGGUGUACAGAUUAGCUUAGGUCUUUGGGACACGUCUGGCAGUGAUGCUUUCAAAGGCAUUCGCCCCCUCUCCUACCAACAGGCAGAUGUGGUAUUAAUGUGCUACUCAGUAGCAAACCACAAUUCCUUUCUGAACCUGAGGAACAAAUGGAUCAGUGAGAUCCGCAGCCAUUUGCCCCGCAUCCCCGUUUUGGUGGUGGCCACUCAGACUGACCAGCGUGACGUGGGUCCUUACAGCUCCUCCUGCAUCAGCCCCAUAGAUGGGAAGCGGCUCGCCCAGGAUGUGCGAGCCAAAGGCUAUUUGGAGUGCUCUGCCCUCAGCAACAGGGGGGUGCAGCAGGUGUUUGAGUAUGCCGUGAGGACAGCGGUCAAUCAAGCCAAAAAACAGAACAGGCGGAAGCUCUUCUCCAUUAACGAGUGCAAGAUCUUCUGAGGACUGUCAGCCGUGGUUUUGCUCACGUUUGUUCUCUCUGUUUUCUCACAAAGAUACUGCAGCAGAGAGAAUGGGAAGUGAAUCGAGGGAGGACUCCUGGGAGGACCACAGUGCAGGUGCCUCUUGUGAGACAGAUGUGCUCUUUAUCUGAUCCUCUACAAAACAUAAGAGCACUAUCUUGAAAAAUUAAAGGUGCAUACCCUUAUUCACAAGCCUGUGUUUGGACUUUGCUAGCCUGAACUGGAGCAGGCCCAGCCUGCAGAUCUGCAGAUAACAGCAGUACUGAUUUUGGUUUUGUUUCUGUCAAUCUUUCUCAUUUUGUUUGUCUGCAUCUGCGUUUAUUUAAUUAUGAACUUCUGCCUGGAUCAGCCCCCACCUCUGACCUUGUGGAUAUUUUUUUUACUUAAGAAUGUAGUAUAUUAAGCCUGACCAAUGUAUAUUUUAUUUAGACGACUCUUGGAUAUAUUGUUGUAAAAUCCCAAAAGUUGGUUUUAAUAUU